AUGGUAAAAUAUAAAAUAAUAAUAUCAUUUUUAUUUUUUAUUUUAUAUUGCAAUUGUUUCACAUUUGGUAGUUACACAUUUGAUACAAAAAAUUGGUCAACAAAUGGUACACUAUCAUCAUGUGUUUUUUAUGAUUUUGUAAAUAACGAUUAUUAUGAUUUAAGAGCUAUUGUCCACAAUGAUCAUCAAGGUCCUUACAAAGCAAGUUUUCCUGCCGAACUUCCUGGUGGAAUUCAAACACCUUAUACAAUGUAUUUUAAUCCUUGUUUUAAUGAUAAUGUGUGUCCAGGUGGUCUUUCAGUAGGUUGUAUGAGUUAUGUGCAAAAUUCACAAAAAAUUCUUAAUUCCGUUGGUUCACUUUCAGAGCCACAUUCUAUAACAUUAAAUUCAGAAGGUAUUUCUAUUGAAUAUCAAUCAGCUCUUUUACCAUCAACAACAUGUGCCUCUAAUGGUAACCGUAGAACUUUGGUUUUAUUUAUUACUUGUAUCCCAACCGAAACAUUUAAAAUUAUUGGUACUUAUAACAGAAGAGUAUUAUGUGAACAUACAAUUUAUAUAUCUUCAAAAUUAGUUUGUAAAGAUAGAGGAAUAUUAUUUAAUCAAGGUCUAUUUUAUGAUUUAACACCAAUGAAAUUAUUAGCAAGCACUUCACACCAAAUUACCAACAGUGACCAAACACAAGAUAUUCUCUUUAAUUUAUUCGGAAAUGUAAAUAGAUGUGGUACUUUCGGUACAUCAACAUUAAGUUAUCAAUCAUGUAUUUUAACAGUUGCUAAUAAAGUGAUCGAUUAUAAACUAGAUUCAAGAUAUGCAACAUCACCAAAAUCAGUUAUGGUAGGAUCUCUCAGUCAACCAAGAACAAUUACAUUUACAAAUGAUGUAAUAACCAUAAUUUAUAGUUCAACAACUGGUUUCACAGAAUGCUCAUCAAAUGGUAACAAAUAUUCAUCAAAGUAUAUUUUAAUUUGUGAUCCAUUCACAGAAUAUUAUGUAGAUAAAUUUACAUUAGAAUCACAAUGUAUUUAUCAAAUUAAGGUUUAUACUAAAUACGCAUGUCCAACAUUACGUUUAUUCAAACAAACACAAUAUUAUGACCUUUCACCAUUGAUGUUGGAUUCAACAAGAAAUUAUACAACAAGUCAUAUUACAGACGGAUAUGAGUAUAAUAUUGUAUUCAAUAUUGGUAAUAAAGCACAAAUGUGUAGCGAUGCAUUUAAUGAUUAUUAUUUUGCUUGUCAAUAUGAUCCACGUUAUAAAAGUUUUAAUCCACUUGCAAAGGCAAGUUUAGGUCAAAGAGUAACAUUUGAUUUAAAUCAAGUUAAAUUCGAAUAUACUUCACCAAUGUCAGGUUGUUUAAGAACUUUUAUUAUUGUUUUAACUUGUGAUGAAAACCAACAUUAUCAAUUAGUUUCAACUUUAGAAUCUCCUGCAUGUGUAUAUACAGUAACAAUUGAAACUAAAUAUGUAUGUGAAUCAACAAUUUAUUACAAUAGAUUCGACUAUACAUAUUAUGAUAUUACUCCAAUAAAAACAGAAAAAGAUAGUCCAAAUAAAAUAGAUAUUGUUGUUGGUGGAUAUCCAUAUAGACUUUUUUAUGGUAUCGGUAAUACUGUUGAUUAUUGCGGAGAACAAGUGGGAUCAGUCCCUGGUGUAGAUUAUCAAGCUUGUCAAUAUCUCAGUGGUCUUGUUAUUCAAGUCGGUAGUUUAAAAAAUACAUCAAUGAUUCUUAAUAAGGAUGGUAUAAGUAUAUAUCAUACCUCACCAUUCGAUUUAACCAAAGUGUGCCAAAAUACAAGAUAUCAAAGAGUAAACAUUUUAAAUAUGGUAUGUGAUCCAACAGCAACAAAUGUUGUGGUCAGCGCUACUGAGACUGCCAACAAUUGGGCAUGUGAAUAUACAAUCGAAAUUAAAACUAAAUAUGCAUGUUCAAUUAAUUAUGCACCAGUAUUACCAGUUGUUGGAAAUCCAUGUUUAUACAGUUGUACACCACCAGGUGCUUUAAAUCCAAAAGCUAUAGUUAGUGUACUUUUAAAUUUAGGUGUUUGUUUCUCAGAGAUUAAUAAAUAUGGUACAGGUGCACAAUCAUUACUUAAUAUAUUUAAAGAUACUUGGGUUUCAAAUCACAAUGGGUAUGAUGAUUGGAUGGGUGGACAACUUUAUUCACUAUUAUUAACAGGUAAACCACAGUCAACAAUUUCACCAUAUGUUAUUUCAAUUACACAUGAUAAUUUAUGUACAUAUGGUGCCGAUGGGUUAAGUAAAGCAAAAAAUUCAAUCAAUGAUUUUCUUACUAUUACAAAUGAUCUUCUUGAAAUUUCAAAUCGUGCAGUUAGUUUAACCGUUACCAAAUAUACAUAUUCAGAUGGAGCAAUUACAUUAUCAACACAUAAACUUUUAUCAACAUCAACUGGAGGUCUUGCAAUUAUUAAAUACAAAAAUUUGCUAUGCUACUAUUCAAUAGUCCCAAAUUUACAAACUUUAAUUAUUGGGAGUUAUUUGCUUUCUUGCCCAUAUUAUUCACUACCAACUAUUACAGUGCACAGUUUAACACCAUCAAUAGGGAAAGUUGGAGAUACUAUCACAAUUAAUGGUCAAAAUUUAGAUACAGAUAUAUAUGAUGUUUAUUUCAACAUUAUUGAUGACAACAGUAAAAUUAAAGCAACAAUAACAUCAAGAACCGUAAAUUUUGUAAAAGUAAUUGUUCCAAAUGGUUUUGGUAAUGCAUUAGUCUACACUCAAAAUAUACUUAAUCCAACUACCUCCGAUAAACUUUCAUUUUCAUAUCCAUCACCAACGAUUGUCAAAGUAAUUAGUCAACCAUUUAGUACAGGUAUCAUCAAUAGAUUCUUUGUUAUUGGUCAAAACCAUCGUUCUUUAAUAACCAAUAUUGUUAUUAAUCCAUACAUCGAUAAUAUUGAAAAAGAAGCAAUUUAUUGUGAAAUUGAAAAGUAUUGUCCAAGUUCAUCAAAAAUUCCAUCGAUUUCAGGAUCAGCAGUAGGUCAUCCAUGUAUUGAUUCAACAGUUUACUCUGAGAAUUCCCAGUUUUUCGAUUAUUCCAAGUAUGAUGUUUUUGUUUGUAUCAAAUCAUCAUUAGGUGUUGGAAGUGGUAUCAUUAAAUUCCCAUCACAAACAUUUACAUUUGCAUACUCUUAUAAAGCACCUCUCUUAUAUUUUGUACCACCUGGCAUUCGUAUUCCAACUGAUGGUGGUAGUUUUCAAUUGGAUGGUAAAAACUUUCCGCCAACACAAGAAAUCAUUGAUCUCGGUUUAAACACACCUGUAAUCAUUUGGAAUAAUGAUAAUUUUGUUACAUUCAAAGGAACAAAUCUUGCAAAUACCAAUAUCAAUUGGAAGAGUUCGAAAUCGAUUUUAUGUGUUGCACCACCUGGUUUCGGUGGACCAUUCAUCGUUACAGUAACUGUCGGUAAACAAGUGUCAAAGACUAUAUAUCCAAGUGAUUUAGAUGAAAAUCCAACAAAUUAUAAUUUAUAUUAUUAUCCCCCAGCAGUUGUUGACAUAUCAGAAGUUUCAACUGAUGGUGGUGAAGUUAUAAUAAAAGGUACAAAUUUUAUUCCAGCCUCGCUUAAAGAUCAAAUUAAUAAUCAACCAAUAAUCGGUUCACCUCAUUCAGUAGAGUUUAAUAAUGUUUUAUCUUCAUCAUGGACAUGGAUUGAUUCAACACAUGUAAAAGCCAUCGUACAAAAAGGUAUUGGUACAAUCUCUACAAUUGUAAAUGUUGGUGGUCAAAGAUCUGAUUUAAAUCCAAUUCCUGUAAAUUUUUACAAAAGACCUGAACUAGAUAAUAAAAAAUAUGAAAACUUUGCAAAUAGUGAUAUUUUAAUAACUGGUUCUAAUUUUAUACCAGUUGGUGUUUCAGCAGGUUCAUCAAGUUCUGUCAAAAUCGGAGGUAUUCCCUGUAACUCUGUAACAUGGGUAGAUUCAAAAUCUGUUAUUUGUAAUGUGCCAAUUGGAACUGGUGAUAAUUUAAAUAUCCAAGUAACAGUUGGAGGUCAACAAACCGAAUUAAAUGAUUAUUUCUCAUAUUUAGGGCAAUGCGAUUUCCUCUGUAGCGAUUUAUCAAAUUUAGAAUUAGCAAAAGUUAUUGGGGAAAAUAAAAAAGAUUUAAAGAGUACUCUUUUAUUAACAGGUGUAUGUUUAGAACAAAUUGAGCAAUAUAAUUUCACAGAUAUUAAUGAUGAAAUUGAAUCAAGUUGGAUUGAAAACUCAAUUAUUGAUGAUUGGACAAGUGGUAAAUUCUAUAACUAUUUCAAAUCAUCAGAAUCAUACUCAACAGUUAAAACACUUGCAAAAUAUAUUACACCAAAGAAUCCAUGUAUUUAUGAAAAUAAAAGAGUAAAGAAUUCAUUAGAUUACCUUUUUGAAAUCAAUUCAGAUAUUUUCCAUUUAAUUGAACUUUCAAUUUCAUCAAAAAUCAGUUAUCCAGAUUCACCAUAUGAAACUUAUUUCUAUGAAUCAUCAAGCAACCCAGAGUAUGGUCUUUCAAUUAUUACAUUUGAUUCAGCAAUUUGUAGCUUUACAGAAUCAACUAUUCAAGACUAUCAAAGUGGAAAAGUAUUACAAUCAUGUUCAAUCAUUCCAAUUAUAAAUCAAGUAAUUAAUCCAACAACAACACUUCAAGCACCAUAUCAAUAUUCACUUACAAUAAUUGGUAGAUUAUUUGAUAGUUCAACUAGAAUAUUCUUAUCAGGUUAUGAAUGUCCAAUCAUUGGUAAUAUCGCUACUAAUCAAAAUGAUUAUAUUCAAACUCUUAGUUGUUCAGUACCACCAGAAAUCGAAUCAUACUCGGCCUCUCAAAUUACUUUUUACAAUGAUUAUAGUGAAAAUAAUAUAUAUAAUUUCUUGUUUUAUUUUAAAAAAUCAUUCUUUUUUAAAUAUCCAAUUUCAACAGUAACUCAAAUUCAAUACCCAUCAAGUGGUCCAAUUCAAAUGAAUUCUGAAAUUAAAGUAAUUGGUUUUAAUUUCUUCCCAUAUGGUAUUACAAAUCCAAGCAUUCAAGUUUUUAUUGAUGAUCUUGAAUUAACUGAUACUAUAUUUGGAUUAACAAGCAUAAAUGGAGUUGAUUCAUUUUCAUUUAUUGCUUCUGGUUUAGGUUCUUUAAAUUUACCGAUGUUUAUAAACGAUGAUAUUAAUUUAGAAUUCUCAUUUGAAAGACCAAUUAUUAAUAGUAUAUUACCAACAAAUGGAGAUUACAAUACAAAAGUUACAAUUAAUGGUAAUAAUUUUAGAAAAGGUCAAUCAGUAAAAAUUGGAGACAUAUUAGUAAAUGAUAUUGAAUUCAUUUCAAACCAAGAGAUUAUUGCUUCAGCACCAUUUGGAUUUAUUAGUGGACUUGUAGUUGUUUAUUCAGAUGAUCAAUUCAGUUUAGAAGAAAUAUCAUUUAGUUAUACUUCACCAAUUAUAGACCAAGUUAUUCUUUCAAAUUAUGAAUCAAAAUUAAACACAACAGGUACAAAUUAUUUCACAGUAAUAGGUAGAGGUUUAGGUACAUACAUUGCAGAACAAGUCGAUAUUAUUAUCAAUCAAGAGUUUUAUGCAAGUUGCGAAUUCGAUUUCUGUGAAAGUUUAGAAAUUAUUGAAGAUAUAGAUAUAAAAGAUCAAGGAAUUUGUCAAUAUUUAAAAUAUAAUAAAUAUCAAUAUAUCAAUGAAAACUUUGAUAUAUUAAAUUGUAUUUUAACCGAUUCGAUUGGUAAAGAUAAAUCAAUCAGUAUCAAAAUUUCAGAAUUCCAAAACCAAACUUUCACCUACUCUUAUUAUGAACCAUGGAUUGAAAAAUUAACACAAAACUCUUCAUCAGCAAACACUGAUGGUGGUGAAGUUAUCGUUAUAAAUGGUUACAACUUUUUACCAUUCGAAAAUUUAAGUCCAUACUAUGAAAACAAUGAAACUAUUGCACAAUGGUUAAAUCAAUCAGAAAUAUUAAUUGGUGAAAGCUAUCUUUGUCAAUCAAUUAAUUGGACCAAUUCCUAUGAAUUAAAUUGUACAAUCCCACCAGGAAUUGGUGUUAAUCAUACAAUCAUUGUAAAAGUAGGCCUUCAAUCAUCAAAUCAUACUGAUUAUUUGUAUUCUUACGAUUCACCAAACCUUGAUACAAUCAAUAACUCCACUGGAAAUGAAACACAUUACUAUUCUUCAACAGAUGGUAACAAUGAAAUUAUAAUAACAGGUUAUAACUUUAUUCCAAAAGAGUUAUCAGAUCAUUACAACCAGAAUGAAAAUAAAACCAUAAAUUCAAUACUAUUAGGUAAACAAUAUUGUAAUGAAACUAUUUGGAUUAAUUCAACAACAGUCAAAUGUAAACCAAUAGCAGGUAUCGGGUCAAAUUACAAAAUUAUCAUUAAAGUUGGUAAUCAAGAUUCAAACGAAACCGUUUACUUCUCAUAUGAGAAGCCAAUUUUAGAUUUAAAGAAUUACACAGGUUCAACAAAUGGUAAUACUGAAAUUACAAUAACAGGUAUCAACUUUAUUCCAAAAGAAUUAGCAGAUAAUAAUAAUUUCAAUCAAUCAGAGAACUAUAUAAUGAUUGGUGAUAAUAAAUGUAACGAAACUAUUUGGAUCAACUCAACAACAGUUAAAUGUAAACCAAUAUCAGGUACUGGUAUCAAUCAUAGAGUUAUAAUAACAGUUGGUAAUCAAAACUCAAAUGAAACGGUCUACUUUUCAUAUGAUAAACCAAUUUUAGAUAUUAAAAACUAUAGUAGUCCAACUGAUGGCAAUACUGAAAUCACAAUAACAGGUGAAAACUUUAUUCCAAAAGAAUUAGCAGAAAAUAAUAAUUUCAAUCAAUCAGAGAACUAUAUAAUGAUUGGUAAUAAUGAAUGUAAUGAAACUAUUUGGAUCAAUUCAACAACAGUUAAAUGUAAACCGUUAGCAGGUAUCGGGUCAAAUUACAAAAUUUUCAUUAAAGUUGGUAAUCAAGAUUCAAAUGAAACCGUUUACUUCUCAUAUGAGAUGCCAAUUUUAGAUUUAAAGAAUUACACAGGUUCAACAAAUGGUAAUACUGAAAUUACAAUAACAGGUAUCAACUUUAUUCCAAAAGAAUUAGCAGAUAAUAAUAAUUUCAAUCAAUCAGAGAACUAUAUAAUGAUUGGUGAUAAUAAAUGUAAUGAAACUACUUGGAUCAAUUCAACAACAGUUAAAUGUAAACCAAUAUCAGGUACUGGUAUCAAUCAUAAAGUUAUCAUAACAGUUGGUAAUCAAAACUCAAAUGAAACGGUCUACUUUUCAUAUGAUAAACCAAUUUUAGAUAUUAAAAACUAUAGUAGUCCAACUGAUGGAAAUACUGAAAUCACAAUUACAGGUGAAAACUUUAUUGAAAAUUAUAAUCAAGAAAAACAUAAUGAAAAUGAUAAUUUCGUUAGAAUUGGUGAAAAUAAAUGUAAUGAAACAAAGUGGAUAAAUUCGACAACAAUUAAAUGUAAAAUAAUUCAAGGUAUUGGUUUAGAUUAUAAAAUAGUUGUAACAGUUGCCAAUCAACAAUCAAAUGAAAAUGUUUUCUUUUCAUAUGAAAAACCAAUGAUUGACAGUAAAACACUAUUAGCAUCAACCAGUGGCAGUGAAACUAUUAAAAUUACAGGUACUAAUUUCAUUCCAUCAACUUUAGUAGAACAUUACAACAAAGAAGAAAAUAAAGAUAACUCAAUAAAUUCAGUUACUAUCAAUAACGAGUUUUGUAAUGAUAUUACAUGGAUUAGCUCAACAGAACUAACAUGUAAACCAUUAGCAGGAGUUGGAACCAAUCAUACUAUAUUCAUUUUGGUUGGAACUCAAAAAUCAAAUGAAGAAAACUCAUUCUCAUAUAAACCUCCGAAUAUUGAAGAGUUUAAAUACUACACAGCACCAACACAUUCCAAUAAAAUUAUUACUAUAACUGGUGAAAACUUUAUUCCAAUCGAAUUAUUAUCAAAAGACAACAGCAAUAGUUCAGUACUUAUUGAUAAUAUAAAAUGUGAAGAAAUCAAAUGGAUUGAUUCAACAAAAGUUUCAUGUCAAGUUCCAGUAGGUCAAGGUAAAGAUUUAUCGAUUAAAGUUAAAAUUGAAAAUCAAGAAACUGAAGAAAAUCAACAAUUUUCAUAUGAUAAACCAUUUAUUCAAUCAAUCAAUCCAAAUAAAGGAAGAUGUAAUCAAGAAGUAUUAAUUACAAUUCAAGGUGAUAGUUUUGGAAAGAGUGAUCAACUAAUUAAAAUUGGUAAUAACGAAUGUCAAGAUAUUCAAUUCUAUCCAAAUCAUACAUUUACAUGUAAAGUUCCAAUCGUGGAGAAUUCAAUUGAAUCCAUUGUUUUAUUAAAUGUUGGCAAUCAAGAUUCAAACGAUAACAUUACAUAUAAAUACUAUGGACCACCAGAAAUUAAAAGUAUUGGUUUACCAUCAUAUCUUUCAUUCAAAGGUGAUGAUUUAAUUACAAUCAUUGGUAAUAACUUUAUAGAAUAUGAUGAUGGAUCUGAUGAAAUUGUUAAAUUUAAUAAUGAACCAACAACUAUCAUUGAAAACACAGAAACAUACAUUAAAAUUAAAACUCUUAGUGGUGAUGAAUUUAAUGUACCAAUUGCUGUAGAAUUAAAUGGUCAAAUAAGUAAUACAGAUACUUCAUUCGUUUACUCAAAUCCAAUAAUUGAAAGUGUAACACCAUCAUCAAGUAGCUCAAAAUCAAAUACUAAUAUCAUCAUUAAAGGACAUAAUCUUGGGUAUUUAACAAACACUCCCAAAAUUACAAUUGGAAGUAGUAAUUGUUUAAAUAUCAAAACUAUAUCUCCAAAUGAAAUUCAUUGCAUCGUUAUGAAAUCAAGCGCAGGCACUAAACAAUUAACAUUAACCUAUGAAAGUUAUCAACCAACCUAUUCACAAUUCACUCACAAAAACGAUGAUGACAGUGAUAGCCACGAUGAUGAUGAUGAUGACCAUAAAAACAAUAAUGGACCAAAAAACACCAUAUUAAGUAUUCUUGGAGGUAUAAUUGGAGCAGCAGCAUCAGCAGCCGUAAGUGGAUUUAUAACAAGCAUUUUCGGUGGUGCGACAUCAGUAGCCACAGCAGCAGCAACAGCAACAGCAGCAGGUACUGCGGUAGCAGCAGCAACUACAGCGUCAACAGCAACAGCUAUUGCCGGUGCAAUUACCGAAGGUGUUGCAGUGGCCUUUACAGGGGUAUCAGUAAUAGCAGCAACAGCAGGUGGUGUUGUUAUUACUUCAAUUGUAACAGCAACAGCCAUCCUUAUUUCAGGUGGAAGUACACAAUCACCAACUCCAACCAUAGCUCCAACUAUUUCACCAACUCCAACGCCAACCGAUAACUAUUGGGUAAGAUGUAUGGUCGAUUAUUCAAGAUUAACUUUACAAGUCGAUAAUCUUUACGGUCAAGAUAUAGUAUGUAUUGAUGGUAAUGGAAUUUCAUCAAUUUUCAACGAAUCAUUCUCUUGUAAACCUGAUCUUAUUAACGAUGGUAUGAUAUGUGCUCAACAACAUCAAGAUGGAACAAAUUCAACAACCACAUUUGGUAAUUCAACAUUAAUUUGUCAUAUUGACUCAACAAAAUCAUGUGAAAUUUCACCACCAUUCAUCAUACCAUCCGAUCCAAUUGAAGAUGAUGAAUAUUCAAAUAUUCUAGAAUGUCAAUAUAAUCUCAUUGAAAAUUCAUUAUCAACACACUCUAAUAAUAGUCCACUAAGAUGUUAUAAUAAUGAAACUGAAAAUUACUUCAUUAUGAAUACUACACUUUCAUGCUCAAAAGAUGAAUCAUUAAGUCAAGAUAAAGAUACGAUUUCUUGUUUAGCAGAUACAGAUGACACUCAAAUCUUUUUCUAUAAGAACUCAAUUACAUGCAUUACAGAUUAUCCAUACUAUAGAUGUACAAUGAAAUCUCAACCAUCACAAGAUGAUAACAUAAUUCCAAAACCAACAUUACCACCAAUUCCAUCAAUUGAUGAUGAUUCCACAUGUAUUUAUGAUUCAGCCAAUUCAUAUUCAAUAGAUCUCCAACUAACGACUGGAACUAAUGCUAAAUGUCCAAAAAAUGAAAAAGAACUUCGUUAUGAUCUUUCAACUUCUCUAACAUGCACUGAUUAUAUCACACUUAAAAACUCCACUUAUUCAAUUUCAUAUUCAAAUUACAUUUGCAUUAAAACAAAAUAA